CUGCGCGAAAGGCAGUUUGAUGAAACUGAAGACUUGGAAAUUGAUAUUUUUGAUGUCGAGGUAAAUAACUUAAAUGAAUUUUUUUUUACCUAUAAUUAUUGUUGUUGUUGUUGUUUUUCAUAUAUGCACUCUUUCUCCCGUGCCUUCUUUUUCUGCCCCCUUGCGACUCCUCCUUUUCGUUUUGUAUCUUUCUUAUUACUACCAUGUUAGGUCCACUGUUCUAACUUUGACUUGUGACUGUUUUCAGUGCAAGCACUGGGGAAUUGUCUUGAGGCACAUCUUUGGAGUUUCUCUUGGUACUGGAGAUUAUGGUCAUCUGACCAUAGAACAUGCCCCUAUGCUCAUGCGUCGUUUUAGAUCGAUGACCCGCUACUCAAAUCAAGGCUUCGAAGCAGCACACAAGCUUCAAAGACAGUUGUACUCAAGGGCAACAAACCAUGACUGUCUCGUUCCAGCAUCCUCUUGUGAGUAGCAAGGAUACCCUUAAGAAAAGCUAAAAUAAAACUAGUUAAAACAGUUAAUAAUUUGUGCAUUUGUCAAUGCCAUAUAUCUUGUACUGAUAUAACAUCUAAUAACAACAACUUUUUUCUGCGAUUCGGAUUUUCAAUAUUUGGCGUGUCUAAUUUUCGCGGGAAUUUUUGUUCGCGGGACUUUCAUAACGCAGUUUUUUUAAAAAAAAAAGACCUGCGAAAUUAGUUGCCAAGAGGGUAUAUUUAUAUGCAGCAACUUUCUAAGAAAACCAAUGGCGUGCUUUUUAUACCUUUCUGUUUUCUUUACAGUGGAAGAUAUCUUGGUUCACAGUUAUUCUGAGCGCCUUCUUUCAGUUAGAUACUCCUUCCGGCAAGCUAAGGAGAGUAUGGUAUCAGGUAGGUGAAGUAAGGUCAGUAUUAUAUCUGUAGUCGCGUGCCAUGCAUGUGGUUUGUCUGGUACUCUCCCAUGCAUCAUUUCGUUUCCAAACAUAUAAAGCCGUGCGUUUUUUUUGUAGUUAAAUGCUCAAGUCUAUGAGUUACUUACGGUGAAUUUUCUAUUGUUUCGGUGCAGUAUCAGAAUAUAGUUGUGUUUCCGUUUUAAACAAAACAGUAUACCCUUUUAUGUUGCAUUAAGCCUUUACCUUUAGUUGUUUUUUGGUAUGAGCACAUGUUGAUUUUGUCAUGUUAUCAGAAUGUAAUUUUCUUGUUGAUGUGUCAAAACAUAGGUAAGCAUUUCUAUUACCGAGGUUGUGGGUGGAAAAAGAAGCAUGUAGAGUGGACAGAAGCUGAUAAAGAGUGGAUCUACGAAGUCAAUGACCUGCUGGACAAGAUGCUGGGGCCAGACCAUUUUGAGUUCGAGCAAACGCCUGACACAAAAUACUGCAUUGUUGCCUCUCACUCUCAGCCAUCCUAUGAGUGCGACCAUAAGACGUGGGAAGGUCAGCCUGAGGAACAAGAAGAUUCACCUGUCAAACCGAGUUCAACUCCCGAACCACCGAGAAAGAUUCCGAAGCCAUCGUCUUCACCUCCCGUCAAGCGCGCGUUAAAUUUGAAGACAAAGAAAGCGAUGCAGAAGUCAGCAGUAGUAAGGAAAUUCGUCCAACUGCCAACUCAAACACCUAUCCGC